AUGAGGGAGAAGGUACAUACUAAAAAAAAUGAGAAGUCUGAUGGAGAGAAGAUAGAUUCCGUGGCCAUUGGUGACAGACGGCAUCCGGAGUGAACUGCUUUCAAGCAGAUCGGAGGAGAGAUGGUUGAGACUGUUCUUGCGCAUGUGGUGUCUCAGCUUGCCAGCCUUCUCGUACAAGAAGCUGCUUUCUUGCGAGGUGUGCGUAAUCAGAUCAGAUGGGUGGAAACGGAACUCCAUCUAUUGCAAGGAUUCCUCAAAGACGCUGAUUCCAGAAGGAAGAGAGGAGAUGCAACAAUGGAAAGCUGGAUAAGUGAGAUAAGAGGUGUAGCCUAUGAAAUGGAAGACGUCAUAGACACCAUCAAGUACAUGGGUGAGAGGCGACACCAAAGGAGAGGCUGCUUGGGCUCCAUUUCAAGGUACUCUCACAAACCUUGUGAAUCGAUCAUCCUUAACAAAAUUGGCUCCAGAAUUAAACAAAUAAAGACCAAGAUACAGAGUAUUUCCGAUAGCAGAGUUAGAUAUGGCGUCGCUAAUUAUAAUCUAGGUGAAAGUAGUGGAGUGGACGACGGUUUGCAAGCACUGAGACAAUUCCCUCCUCAUUUCCACGACGACAAUGAUGUCAUAGGCUUUGAGGAUGAUAAGGAAAAAUUAGUGAAACUAUUAGUUGAUCCGGAGAACAAAAACUGCGGUGUAAUUUCUAUAGUGGGUAUGGGUGGGCUUGGCAAGACCACCCUCGCAAGAAAAGUGCACAACGACCCUGCAAUUAGAAAACAUUUUGACAACUUUGCUUGGGUUUCAGUUUCUCAGAAUUACCGAGUUAUUGAGCUUCUGAAGGAAAUCAUGAAAAAGGUAAUGGGACUAAAAAAGAAGAAAGAGACAGCUACAGGAAUCACAUUAGAAGAAUUAGAGCAGAUGGGUGAAGAAGAAGUGAGAGAGAUGCUCUUUGAUUUCCUAAGAGACAAAAGGUAUUUGAUUGUGAUGGAUGAUGUAUGGACGACGGAUGUUUGGAGACAAAUGCAUCAAGUCUUUCCUAAUGGAAAUAAUGGCAGCAGAAUACUGCUUACUACCCGUAACAUUGAAGUUGCAAGACAUGCCGCGCCAUGGAUUCCUCCACAUGAACUGCAGCUUUUGAACGACACACAGAGUUUGGAACUGUUCUGUAGGAAGGUAUUUCCACCAAAUCAAGAUGUCCCAACUGAGUUGGAGCCACUGGCCCGGAAGCUUGCAAAGAGGUGUGGUGGACUCCCUCUUGCAGUCGUGGUGUUAGGGGGCCUCAUGUCGAGGAAAGAUCCUAGCUACGGCACGUGGUUGAGAGUAGCUCAGAGCAUGAACUGGGAAUCUAGUGGAGAUGGGCAGGAAUGCCUCAGUAUAUUGGGUUUAAGUUACAAUGAUUUGCCAUGUCCAUUAAAACCAUGUUUCUUGCAAAUCGCAGCGUUCCCAGAGGACUCAACUAUCUCUGCUUCCAAAUUAGUUAGGUUGUGGGUCGCUGAAGGUUUCAUACUACAGGAGCAGAGACAGACAAUGGAAGACACCGCAAGGGAUUGGUUGGAUGAGUUGGUGCAGAGGUGCAUGAUCCAGGUUGUGGAGAGAAGCGUGGCUCGUGGGCGGGUUAAGAGCAUACGCAUCCAUGAUAUGCUACGUGACUUUGGCCAAUCAGAAGCCAGAAAGGAUAGAUUUCUUCAUGUUUGCAGCAGUGACAUGGCAAUAUCUGAUGGUAUAUCUAGUCAUCGUGUAGCUUUCCACGGUCGUAUGCAAGACGAGGUUGCUGUUUCGUCACCACAUCUCCGCACUUUGCUAGGCUUCAAUUUAAUUUUGACUAUUGCGGGAAGAUUUUUGAAUGGGUUAAACUUAUUAAGGGUGCUGGAUUUGGAGGAUGCAGAAGAUCUUCAGGAGUUACCUAAACAGAUCGGCAACAUGAUUCAUCUACGAUAUCUGGGAUUGAGAAACACUGAUUUGAAGAGGCUGCCAUCCUCCAUAGGACGUCUCCUGAAUCUGCAGACUUUGGAUGUGAGAGGUACACAAAUUUUAUGGCUUCCAAAAUCAUUUUGGAAAAUCCGGACGUUGAGGCACGUAUAUGUUAAUGUACUUAUGUUUCAAAGCGCACAGAUAAGUGGGGAUCACAAGAACUUGCAGACUCUGCAAAUCACGGAAUGUCCUAAUAACAUAAAUGCCAUCAGCUUUUUCAGCCAUAUUCUAACCAUAAGGUUCAUCAAAAAUUGGGUUACUACACCAGGCUUUACUUUGGAGGCGAUAGUGAAAAUAUGGAGAAGGAUGGUUGGAAAAUCACUUGGAAAAGCACUCAAGAAAAGGGACAGCCUCGUCUCCUUGAGUCUGAUUGAAUCUCCAAUACCUGGGGAUAUCCCUUUAGACCUACCCCGCCUCCGUUCAUUAACUGUGCAUGGACAGUUGUUGCUCCAACGACAGCAACUCCCAAGCAGCAGCCAAUUCCCACCAAACCUCACCAAGCUCAUAUUAUCUUAUUCUGAGUUGGAGCAAGACCCAAUGCCCGUGCUGGAGAAGCUGCCAAACAUCAGUCUUCUUGCACUAAAAUGUCAUGCAUAUAUUGGGAAGAGCAUGUCCUCUUCUUCUGGCGGCUUUCCUCGGCUGCAACACUUGAUGUUAGUCGGUCUCAAAAAUUUAGAGGAAUGGAGAGUGGAGGUUGGGGCGAUGCCCAGCCUCACCCACUUAACUAUCAUGGAUUGCAGAAAGUUGAAGACGCUUCCUGAGGGAUUGCAGCAUGUGACCACUCUUCUGGAAUUGAAGCUGAUUUUCAUGCUCCAUGAGUUCAAUAACAAGGUCGGAAAUGAGGAUGGAUACAAGGUCCGACACAUCCCCUCCAUUACUUUUGAAAUUGAGAAGUGACGACAUAUCUCCAGUAUCCAUCAGUCACUUCCUCUCCUCGCUAUUUUCUCCCCUCUAUUGCGUGUUAUUUCAUCCCUUGAGAUUCUAUUAAUGGAAUAAACUUCUCGCAUGUCUGAUAGCGUGCCACAUGUUUGACAAAAUAUGAUGCGCGCACAGUAUUGUGGUUUAUUUGUCUUUGAUCUUUGAACAUUCUAAUAGCUGAAAUUCUGGUUGAG